UCAACAUUACAGAAGAUGCUGUACACCAAGCCAGCUCAUUUGGCCCAAAAUGACCAGCCUUGGAGUCGCCUAAAUGACAGCGCUACUCUGAACAGCUUGAGACGCAACGUACUGUACUACGAUGAGGAGGCUCCAAGGGACAGUUUGGAUUUACACCUCAAAGCCAUGUACGACCAACACGUAGAGUUCUUGAAGAACAAAAAACAGACCCUAUACCAGAGGGAGACUCUUACUGAGGACCAUGGGAGAAUUCUGAAGAACCGGGUGAGAGCAGAACCUCCUGAAGAUGAUGGUGACAGAGAACGGAUGAAAGUUUCGUCCAGCUCCCAGAAGUCAUCCAUUCAUAGCAUCGAAUGCGCAAUAGAGUCUCACCACAACGCCUCCACCAACAGGGGCUACUCCAGGAAACACGACGGCGGCUUCUACUCAACAUAAUUGUGGCUUUCAAAAGCCAGAAUCAGUUUGUCGACCGUGUACGAUCAUGCUUCUGAAUAUUAGUUACAAUAAAUGCUUGUAAGCGAGCACUUGUGUUUGUUCAAAAGUU